CUUUUGGGUCGGCACUUGUUUUGUUAGCAAACAAAGAUACAAAGGGAAAAGUUUCGCUGGCACAUUUGUGCAGCACCAGCCGGCAAAUAAACACUUAGUCUGGUCGCAAUGAAGGAGGAGACGGGAACAGUGCCUUUGCCCACCUGGCUGAAAGCAGACCUAUUUGAGGAAGUGCUAGGUAGGCGUUACGGCGACAACUAUGCCGGAAUCAAGAGCUUCGAGGCGGAAGCCGGUCUCAAGCCGGGUGAAAACUACUCCACAAUCAUGCUGCGCCUCAAGUUUGAGGUCGAACUGAAGUCGAAGGAUCACACCAUCGAAAAUGUGAGCUAUAUGCUCAAGACGCCACAUGAUUUCGAGAUGUACCGCGAGAUUCUGAGGAAGAACAACAUGUUUGCGGUGGAGCGAGAUGUGUUCCUGCAGGUGAUUCCAGAGCUGGAACAGAUGUACAAGGACGUGGGCCUGGAGGUCACGUUCGGGGCCAAGGCCUAUGAAAUCGACGCGCCCGACGAGUACGUACUCCUGCAGGAUCUUCGCCCUUUGGGUUUCAGGAACGUCGAUCGCCUGGAGGGUCUGGACAUGGCUCACACCAAGUGUGUUCUGAAGAAGAUGGCCCAGUGGCAUGCGGUCUCGGCCACCAGGCUGCAUCUCAAGGGUCCGUACGGCCAGAACUACCUGCAACCCACCUACGCCGAUACCAUGAAGGAGAACAUCGAACAGGUGGCAGAAACCUUGGGCAAUUAUUUCCUCAAGUGCCUGCCACUUUACGAUGGUUACGCGGAGUACAGCGAUGCGGUUCACAAGAUACAGCCCAAUAUCGUCGAGCUUAUGUAUGCCAUGAACACACCCGAUCCGCAGGACUUUAAUGCCCUGAAUCACGGCGACUGCUGGACCAACAACAUCAUGUUUAGAUACGACGCCGAAUCCCCCGAACCGGCGGAGACCUAUUUCGUGGACCUGCAACUGCCCAAGGUGACCAGCGUGGCAAACGAUCUGAUCUACUUCCUCCUGGGCUCGACAAAAUUCGACAUCCAACUGAGUCAGUUCGAUUACUUUAUCAAGUACUACCACGACCAGCUCGUCGAGCACCUGAGAUUGCUGAACUACCCCGAAGCAAAGACACCCUCGUUGAGGUUCCUCCACACUCAGCUGUUGAAGUAUGGACGAGUUGGGUAUCACACUGUCCUGAUGCUCUGCCCACCUGUGCUGCUCGAUCGCACUGAAGAUGGGAAUCUGACGGAUUUCGUCACCGAGUCGGAUAACGGCGAUGGUCUCAAGAUGGCAAUGUACUCCAAUGCCCGCUAUAAGAAGCACGUUAGCGCCAUCCUCACGUGGAUGAACAAUCGAGGUGCCUUCCAGUGCUAGUCCUCAUCACUUUUUGGAUUGGAUAUAUGUGAAUGGAAACUCUAAUAAGUGAUUCCUAACGAUCUCAGGGAAAAAACGAAAAAAUAUAGAUUUUGACAUUUUUAACAGCAAGCACAUACAAUUUAUUGCCCUUAUAUAAAUAUACUUAUACAUGACUU